CAGUUGUUGGUGGAUAUUUAUGCAUUUUUGUACGGCUGGUGACUUGGUGACUUUUUGAGAAAUAGUCAAGAAUUUUCCGAAUUUGAUUUUUACGUUUUAGACGGAAUAGUUUUCUAGUGGUUAGUUGACCAAAACCACUUUUCAAAUAAUUCAGAUUAUUUAUUUGGGUGUGCUGGUGUGUUUAAAGCUUAAAUCCUAACAUAAGUGAAUAUCUUAACAAGAAACCUCGCAAGAAAGUUAAUCUGUAAUCUGAAAAAUUCUGCCUGACAAAAUGGAACAAACACAAAUUACCGACGCCGAGAAAGUGCGAAUUGUUUCCGACUUUAUUAUGCAUGCGCCACCUGGUGAAUUCAACGAAGUUUUCACCGACGUACGUCAAUUGCUCAACAAUGAUGCGUUGCUAAAAGAAGGGGCUAGCCAUGCCUUCGCACUAUACAACAAAGAACAAUUAACUCCGGUGCACAUUGAGGGUAGCGAAUAUAAUGCACUUAUAUCCGAACAUAAUGAUUUGGGUAAUGGUCGUUUUUAUGAUCCUCGAACCAAACAAUCUUUUAAGUUUGAUCAUCUACGAAAAGAAGCCAGUGAUUACCAGGAUUUGGAACCAGAUGUUACAGCUGAACCGUGGCGUGCAGCACUUGAUUUAGAAACGAUUAACUACACUAAUAGUCAUUAUCGUAAUGGUGUAUCUUCGGUAUUUGGAAAGACACAAGGUGGUCAAAUAACUUUAACAGUUUGUAUCGAGGACCAUCAGUUUCAACCAAAAAACUACUGGAAUGGGCGAUGGCGGUCCCAGUGGAGUCUCGCAUUGCAACCUGGAAGUGGAAGUGCAGAACUUAAAGGAAUGCUUAAAUUACAGGUUCAUUACUAUGAAGACGGCAACGUGCAACUUGUUUCAACCAAGGAGUUCAAGGAAUCAGUGGUUGUAUCUAAUGAGCAGCAAGUGGCCAAGGAAGUUAUACGUUUGAUUGAAGAAGCUGAAAAUGAAUAUCAAUUAGCGAUUUCAGAAAACUACCAAACAAUGUCUGAUACCACCUUCAAAGCGAUGCGCCGUCUUUUACCAAUUACUAGAACUAAAAUUGACUGGGGAAAAAUAGUAACGUAUAGUAUUGGUAAAGAAUUAAAAACGCAAUAAGGUUCGGGAGAUAUUGAGGGAAACUGUGAGAGGAAUACCGACAUAUAAGAAUUAAAAUAUUAAAUUUCGGAUUGCCCAUUCAAUCUUCUUAUAGCGCUCAUAAAAGAUCUUAAUUCAAAAAUCUACAAAUUAAAAGGGGUUAAAAGUUAAUAGAUUUAAAUCGCUUAGUUUAAAAAUUACAGAAACUCCUCCUAUUAAUCACAUGAUGAUAAUUUAAAUAAAAAAUUAAAACGCUUUUCAUAAAUGAAA